UAUUUAAAUUAUUAGGAAAAAUGAGUGAUGAAAGAAGAUCUUUGCAUACAGAAAAUGUAGAAUUACAACGUCGAUUAGAAGGAUUAACCCCUUUACUUGCAGAAAAAGAAACAAAAUUAAUUAAAUUAGAACAAGAAAUUGAAAUAUUAAAUAACAAAUUAAAACAACAAAUUAAAGAAAUUGAAAAUUUAAAAAUAAAUUUAGAAGAAAAAUUAAAAGAAAAUUUAAAACAAAAAAGUGAAGGGGAAAGGAUUGAACAACGUUUUAAAUUAAAUAUAGAAACUUUAAAUAAUGAAUUGGAGGAAAGUAAAAUAAGAGAAGCUGACUUGGAGAGAGAAUUGACUGAAACAAAAAUAAAAUCAGAACAAAGAGAAGCUAGUUAUCGUCGAGAAGAACAUGAACGUUAUCAAAGAGUAAUUGAUGAACUUAAUGAACAAUUACAACAAACAAAUGAACGUUUUGAAAGGUCGGAACGUGAAAGGAAUGAAGCAGAAAUAAAAAUUGAUGAAUUGAGGCAAAAGAAUGACAUUCUCGAAAUGGAAUUAGAAUUAGCACAUGAUAAAAUGUCCCAACAACAAGAAACGUCAAGAACUUUGGAAGAAAAACAAAGAGAAUUACAUUUACAAGAAAAAGAACACCGUUCAGCACAAGUUAGAGCCCAAAGAGAAUUAGAAGCAUUACAAAGUCUUUCCCAAUCACUUGCAAAUGAAAAUAAAGGAUUAAGAGAAGAAAGGGCUGAUUUGGAGGAAAGAAUUGGGGAAUUAACUGAAAUGUUAAAUAUUCGAGAAAAUAGAGUUAAAAGAGCGGCAGAAUUAAUUAAUGAAUUUCUUGAAAGAUAUAGACUAACUAGUGGUAGACUUAAACAACAAAUAGGUCGGCAAGCAGAAGACUGUGAGGAAUUUGACCGUUUAAUUCAAAAACUUCGUCAAAUGGUUAAUAUAGUCUCUAAUAAUCCAGAAUCCCCAACAAUAAUUACUAACAGAGAUGGAAGUAGCCUAGUAACUAAUUUACGCCCAUCAACAACAGCUAGUUCAUCGACUAAUUCUCCUUCAUUAUUAUCUGCCAGUAAAACAACAAAACAAAGAAAUAUAAAUAAAAAUAUUGGAGGAAUUAAAACAAAUAUUAAUAAUAAUAGAAGAACAAAAACUGAUUGA